UUGUUGUCUGCCUCUCCAGCUAAUGCGUUUUGUUUUUUUCAAUAAAAUACUAUAUAAUCAAUAUAUAUUGCCAAUAAAACUAGUUUAGUUCAACAUUCUCACCACUUACAUGCACGGCAGUAAUGUUGUAUAACAGUUAAACUCCAAGAUGGGCACAAAUCUCAACAGCGAUAUGGAGCCUUUCUCACAGGUUGUUGCAAAUGUCUCAACAUCUGUAGUUGAUCUGAUACAGGGGGACAAAUCCAGCUUUUUUAACACACAUCUCGGCUCUGUCGGUGUGUUUGUAUAUGGAGACCUUGAUCAGAGUGAUGUUCACAUAUCUGGGUCAUUGGAGAAGGUUGUCAAGUGUGCUGCCAUUUUUAAAAGAACAUUACUUGGAGCGGUGUCAAAUGAUAAUGAAUGUUUGUUUUGUAACCAGCCACUGGUUGGGCCCAAUGAUACUGUUGAUCGUGGCAUUCAGACAGAUAACAAAUCAAUGAAUGAUAAAAAAAAUAACCGGAGUCAGUUUCAUAAACAGUUGAUGAAAAGGAAUGAAAAUGCAAUGAAGGCUGAAUUUAGUGUUGAUGUUAAAUUUCAGAAAAAUACCAGGUCUAAAUAUGGUCGGUCAAUUAAAGUUCCAUUAAAAUAUAAAGAGAAUGAUUCAGACAUUGAAGAUGCAAUAAUAAAAGUGGAAAAGUCCCAAGAUGAUAGUGCUAAUGCAGAUGAUGAAAACAUUGACAAAGGAGGUGCUUUAACAUCAGACAAUGAAAUAACAUCACAAGUUAAUAAUUUUUUGAACAAGAAUAGAUCUAAUAAAGAAAAUGAGACCAGUACUGAAUGUCCACCAUCCAAGGGGAACAUUAAAAGUCUCAAAAAGUAUUAUGAGGAAAGAAUGCCAUUUAAAUUUUUCUGUGGGCAGUGCUCAUUUAAAAGUAAAAGACAGGCAUCAUUCAUAAAGCACAUGAAGUUUCAUGAUACACACCCUGACCUGAAGCUUUUCCGCUGCGACGUGUGUGACUUCUCAACAGUACGUCAAAGCGUCCUGUGUCGCCACAAGCUUGUUCAUGAGGAUGACCUGCUCCGAUGUGACCAGUGUUCAUAUAUGACCAACAGUACCGUGCGUCUGGAUGACCAUGUGGGCAAGAGGCACCCAUCGACCUCUCGGGAGAACAAGGGCCUGCUGCAACCGCUCCGCUGUAACCAGUGUAAUUACUCCACCCUAUCCAAGACCAAACUCAUGAUGCACAUGAAGGGGCACACCGUUGUGGCUCGUGUUCAAGGUAAGGGUAAGAUGUUCCAGUGUGAUAGGUGCACGUUUGAGGCCAGUCGGAGAAUGAACCUGCUGCGCCACAUGGAGACUGUGCAUGGCGGGGAGCGACCUCAUCUCUGUGACCUCUGUGGCAAAUCUUUUAAAAGGCGAGAUGCCCUCAAGGUACAUGAGCAGACUCACCUGGACAGGUCCAAACGUUGGCUGCCACACAACUGCCUCAAAUGUCGCAAGGCAUUCCGCUCUCCGGCCAACCUACGUCAGCACAUGAUAGUUCACUCCACACACCGUGCGUACCAGUGCCAUAUCUGCGGCCAGCUCUUCAAGACUACCAUGGUGCAGAAGCGCCACAUGCAGAUGGUGCACACUGCCCAGCGCAACCACGUCUGUGCAACCUGCAGGCACGGCUUCAGCUCCAAAUAUGCCCUGAAGCGUCACCUGCGCACACAUGCAGCGGACGGAAUAGAGGAGGGUGGUGUGGUUGGUGGACUGACUGCUGGAGAUGGUGGGCAGUCUGUUAUGACUGACCAACAAGGAGUUGCCCAAAAAAAUAGAGUUUUAAUCAAAGAGAAGACUGCAAUUGUUGAUGAAAACACUGCUGCCAUACAGUCCAUUGCCCUCCGGUCAGACGGCCUACUUGACCUGACAGAGCCAAACCAUUCUGCAGCCGUCACACCACAGACUGACACUCACAUCUAUGUUGAUGUGGCAGUGGAGGAAUCCGGGGGCUAUGUUGUGCAGACCCCGACUCCAAGCCCCACCCCUGAACUCCCAGGCCCCGCCCCAAGAAGCCAACAGGUGCUUAUACAGCAGUCCCUCCUUCAUGGGCGCCUCCUUGCCACAGACACGGGCCUGCAGGGGGCGCCACUGGUAGACACAACCGCCAUGAAGGAGCUUUAUAUCGAGACCGAGGUUCAUGAUGAACAAUUGAAACCGGUGCAACAUAUUGAUUUGAUCAAUCCCGGAACCAGUGAGAUCCAGAUUGGUCAAGGUGAGGAGCAAGUGGCUGGACAGAGUCUGGAGGAACAAGUUCAGCAGGUGUUUGAUCUUGGUGUGCUCAGCGGGCAGACGGUCAUCCAGCAAGGGCAGAUCAUCGGGGAUGGAUCUGUGCUGGAGCUGAUAGCAGCAGACGGACAGACAUACCACCUGAAGCUAGACGGCCUCCAGGGGCUGGAGAAUCUGCUGUCCCUCCCAGCUAACACGAGCAGUCAGACUGAAUGACAUGGCUGGAGUGAUUCAUGUGCUGGAUAGUUGUUGUAGUCAUAGAGGCCUUGUCUGUGUUAUUUAUUAUUGUCUCUUUUUCUAUAUAUUCUUCAAUGUGAGGAGAGGAGCUGUCUGUAGAAACAAGUGUGUCUGUUGUAUUAUUAUUGUUUCAUCAAUGACAACAUCUGUUAUCAUUCAAUUUACAGUAAUAGUCCACUAGAGAAUAGUUUGUCUGCAUGUACAGAAAAUAUGAUGUCCUUUAAAUUUUUGUACAGAUAACAUAAUUUCAGAUCAUAUUCAACUUGCAAAAUGAAAUGUUUUCUCUAUUGUGAUUCUCAGGGUAAUGUUAUUUAAAGAUGCACUAUUACUCCCAAAUAAGAUUUACCACAAUUAAUACAUUUGUUUAAAUAUUACCAGUAUGGAUGGAUGCAUGUCGAAAACAAUGCUUCUUAUGAAGGAUUCUGAGUUAAAUUUGAAAGAAAUGUGAAGAAAACACGGUAUUUCUACCUUAUGAGACUAAAGUAGACCACUGUAUUUAUUUUAGCAUUCACCAAUCAUUUAAUAUUUUUGGGUGGUCAGCUAUUAAAUACACUGUUUCAAUCCUGUGAUCAGUAAUUAAUAUUUGCUAUAAAUGCAUUAUUUAGUAUGUCGUUUAAGAUUUGUCAGUCAAAAUUUAUUUUUGUUAUACAUGAGUAUGUGUUGAUUUUGAAUAAGAGUGUCACUUUAAGCUUCUAUAACAUCAUUACACCUCUGACAGAAAGCUUUGAUACAAACUGAAAAAGAUUCAUUUCUUGGUUUUAUAAUAUUUAACUGAAUACAUUUUCUGGCCAUAGUUUGCAUAUAGUGAAAUGAGUUAUAACCUUUAUUCAUAUUUAUCAAACAGCAUUUACUUUACGGCCUCAGGAACAAAUCUUCAUGCCCGGUCAAACCAAAUGUUCCGCUGAAGCAGUAUAAAUUCGGUGUUGUCCGUAUUUCCGUCCAUCUGUACGGCGGAAGCCAUUACUAUAUAACUACUGGACAGUUAUUAACAAAACUGUAUCAAGUCUGUAAUACCAUAGUUUGUUGUGACCAUGCAAGGUUUGUUUGGAUCAGGUCAGUAACAAUAGUUUUCCAUUCGGAGCCAUUUCUAUGUAACAAAUAAGACUACAAUUACGGAAACUCAGGUAAAGAGUUUAAAACCAUAUUGCAAAGAAAUUGUGACCUCACAACAACAAAUCUUGGUCUUAUGUUGUUACCCAACUCGUGUUCAUAAAUGUUUUUUUUUUAAAUAAAUAGCUCUGUGGAGUUUUGCUUUCAUUAUAGUGAUAUUGGCUUCUAGGCUUGUUCAAGUAGAAAAUUAAUUGUGUAUCGCUUCAUGCUGCGCAAUCCGAAUGAGCUGUCUGUUAAUACAGGCUGUUAAGCUGUCUUUAUUUUUCCGUUUUCUUUAUUUUUUUAUUCCUACCUACAUUUUGGUCCUUGACUCCUGAAAUUUUUUGGUUCUAGCUGUGUAUUUCACAAUUGCUGUAUAUUUAUAGUUAAAAAAUGGUAGUUUAUUUGUAGAAUCUUUUCAGUUGGGAGUGCAUAGAAGAAUGGAAUCAUCUUGAUGAGACUGUACAGACUGAGGGUGCAGACUGGGAAACUGUGGCUGCUUCCUUUAUGAUCACACCAAGGUGAAAGAUGUAUGAGAGUCAAAAUACCAGUCUAUGCAGUCUCGUCAAGAUUUAUUCUAGUUCGCUAUUUAUGUCUGUGAGUAAUACAAAGUUCUGCCCAGGUAUGUUAAACUCCUACCCUUUUAGUACAAAUUCCUUAUUUUUCCUACCUUUCUCCUACUUUUUGGUAAAUUUUAUUCCUACUUUUCUCCUACUUUUAAAAAGAAGUUUACUUGACAGCCUGUUAAUAUUGAAUAUAUCCAGGAAUAAGUUCAAAUCUACUCUAAUUGUUAACUUUUUAUGUGAACAUUUUUGUGUGAUAUAUUGUAAUACACUAUUUGUAAAUGCUAUAUCAUUGUAUAUACAUGUUGACCAGAAUAUAUGAAAACAUGUAUGUAUUGUAGAUGAUGUACGGUGUACUAGUCUUAAUAAAAUGUCUGUUCUGUCCUUGA